UUUAUGAUCAGCGGAAAAGAAGAAAUAAUCUGAGGACACCCACAUCAUGGCUUCAUUUCCAGAAGCAUCCUGUCCUCAUCUCAGCAUUCCGGUAGAGAUGGACGAAUCAAUGACCUCAUCAUCUCUGGACUUGGCCUGGCCGGCAUGUGAGAAGUGCUCAACACAUGUUAAUAACAUCACAACACCGAAUCAGCCGUGUGGGAAUUUCUCGACUUCGUUUUCUAAACAUGACGAACCCUUAUUGAGCUCCCCCAGAGAGGAUGAAGAGGAUAUCGAGGAAAGUCUGGACCCGCCACUUCCUCUCCGAUCAGAUGUGGGGGAGGACCUGUGCCAGAAUAUUCCUCCUGAACCAGCACAACUUGCUCAUUACAUGAGGAAUCAGCGUUUUGGAUGCCCAUGGAUGCCUCCACCUGUUCACCAAAAUAUACACACACCACACACACCUGAGUACCAGAGAUACCCCCAAGCCAGGCCUCACAGAAACCCUGCAGUUCCCAUGAUGACGCCCCAGGACACAGCCCCUGUUAGAGAUGUAAUGACGGAGGCGUCGGUCUUCCCCUCUCAGCCAGUCAGAACAGGCCAAACUCAGUUUCAGGAGCUGAAGCGAACCAUCACUCUCCCUGAUGAAUGUCGAACAGUGUUUAUCACCUAUUCUGUGGAUACAGAGAAAUGGAUCUUCAAGUUUGUGAGAUUUCUGCUAAAUCAUGGCUUCAGGCCUGUGCUUGAUAUUUUCGACAGCGCUGUGCAGCAGAUGGACGUGAACAAGUGGAUGGACAGCUAUCUGAAAAACAAAUCAGUUCUGAUUAUUGUGGUCAUCAGCCCGAGGUAUAAACUAGAUGUGGAGGGUAAUGGAAUGGACCAACAUGGAUUGCACACCAAAUAUAUUUACUCACAGUUGCAGAACGAAUUCAUCCAGCAGCGCUGUUUGAAUUUUAGAAUUGUCCCUGUGCUCUUCCCCAACGCCAGCCAGAAUCAUGUACCGAUGUGGUUACUGAGUACCCGGGUGUUUCGGUGGCCUAAUGAUGCUCGGGAUCUACUGCUUCGUUUACUGAGAGAGGAGAGAUACAUUCCCCCACCAGUGGUGCAAGACCUCACUCUCAGCAUCAGACCCAUUUAACACAUUCUAUACUACACUGUAUAUACCCAUGCUACACAUACUCUGUACUCACGCUAUACAUAUUCUAUACACACACACAGUACAGUUUAUACACAUUCACAAUAUACACACACUGCAGUAUACCAGCAAAGAGCAGUUAGAUUGGCCAUCAUAAGUUAGUGGACCCACUGCAUAGUCAAACUGAAAUGAAAAUAUACCUCACUAUUGGACAUGAUGUUUUAGCAGUGAUUUACUACUGAUUUUACCUACACAUCCAAGGACACGGUUUAAACCCUAAUACCCAUAAUGUUUUACACCCCCACCUGUGCUGUAUUUAAUUACUGGGUGUAAAGUAUAAAGUAUACUAGUUUGCAAUGUCAUGACACAUGCUGUGGUUCUACUGAGUGAGGAAGUGUGUGUGGAGGUCGAUGUUAAAGUGUGUAAAUCAUAGUGAUUUAAAUGAAACCACUUCUUUACGUUGUGUCUGUGAAUGAUUAACGGCAGUUAACCUCGGCGGUGAUCUCUGCUGAUAAGACCCUUUACACAAUAAACAUUAAGAAAAAAACCUCCAUACAGGAUACACACCUCAUUUCCUCUCAACUAUAAAAUAACCCUGAGAAGCGGAGUGGGUGCUUUCCUCUACUUAACCCGGUCUACAUGACCUUCUAUAACAGAUGAUGAAGAGUUGUAAUAUGUAUUUAUAAUGUAAAUUAACAACCAACUUUUUGACAUUGGCUAGAAACCACUGUUUUAUGUACUUGUGUGUGAAAUCAAUGUAGCCCUAUUUAUAUGAGCCUAGAAGUCACAAGCUGUAAUUAACCGUAACAAACAACGACUAACAACAAGAAUAUUUGUGUUCCAGUCAUUAAGUUACAUUAACUUACAUUAAACCCCAAGAUCGC